CAUGCAGUUGGGUAUUUUUCAUGAAAAAGUUAUUGUUCGCAAUCAAACUAUAUGGCAAGGAAUAUGUAUAGAAAUAUUGAAUUUACUAGCAAAGAGUAUGAAUUUUACCUAUCAUAUUGUUGAACCAGCAGACAGGAAGUGGGGAAAUAUUGACGAAAAUGGGCAAUGGACAGGAAUGGUUAGAAUGGUUAAAGAUGGUGCAGCGGAUUUUGCAGCUGGAAAAUUCACAAUUGGAGAAGCAAGAGAUACUGUUAUUGAUUUUACUAAGCCAUUUUGGCAAGAGGAUUCUGUUAUGGUAAUGAAAUUACCUGAACCGGAUAAUUCUACAUUCUUUUUAACACCUUUUCAAUGGCCAAUUUGGUUAAGUAUUUUUGCUCUUUUACCAUUUACGGCGUUUUUCCUUGGAUUAACUGUCAAAUGGUCAAGAAAAUUAUGCACGCUCCGUUCUUUUACUAGAGCUUUCAGCUUAAUUGUUAGUUCGUUAUUGCAACAAGGUAGAAAAGAUAUUCCAAAAGCAAUACCGUCGAGGUUAAUUAUUAACAGUUGUUGGCUAUUUUCAAUAAUAAUAUUAGCCCUAUACACUGGGAAUUUAACGGCUUAUAUAGCUAUUCCGAAACAAACACCUCCUAUAUCGACCUUAGCGGAAUUAUCGCAGCAAAGUAUCUACCGCUACGGGGUGAUGGAUGGAAGUGCAUUACAUCUACUCUUCCAAGGAUCAGCUUAUGGUGUUUAUAAACAUAUGAUGACCAAUUCAAUUGGCGAAAGGGAUAAUCGUGUGUCCUCUCAUUCAGCAGGAGUUGAUAGAGUAAGAGCUGAAAAGUACAUAUAUAUAGGAGAAACGUCAGGAGUUAUUAAGCAAGUUUAUAGCGAUUGUACACUUGCAAUUGGAAAAGAGAAAUUCUUUCCGUCUUCCUUUGGCUUUGUCAUACCUGAAAAUUCUUCGUUGCAAACCUAUUUCGAUGAGCGAAUUCUACAAAUGACAGAAAAUGGUCUUAUAAGAAAAUGGUUUAAGAAAUAUUAUCCAAAAGACGUGUGCUCAUUAUUAAGAAACAGUAGAGACGUUCCAACUUCAGCUAAAUUACACCACUUUCAAGUUUGCGAUAAGUCGAUAAAAUAUUGUGAAAAGGUUACGCUUCCUUGUGUCGAUGGAGAAAAGUAUGCUAUUCAAGAAAUCUAUGGGGGAUAUGCUACUUGUGUUGGGGGAGAAUUAAAGUGUAAUUUAUGCCCGGACCAUAAACAAUACUAUAAUUAUAGACAGAAAAAAUGCGAUUCGGAUCCUAGGUCUUGGGCUGCCGAUUGUAAAGGUUUAUUUCCCAAAAGGGUGUAUAAUACUUCAACGAUUUGCGAUCUUGAGAAACCUUGCAUCAAGAAUAGAAAAUAUGCUGAUCAAUUCGUGUGUCAGGGCUAUCAUCUAUGCGUUGGGGAUGAUGAUUACGUUAAAGAAAGUUGUGAUUUAAAUGAAUAUUUCGACUAUGAAAAAAGAGAAUGUGUCCCGAAAAAUAUCGGUAAAUGCUGUUCAAGUAAAGGCUUAACAUCCACAUCAAUUGACAAUCUCACCGAUUCUCCAGAUGAUAUUGUAACAAGUAAACCGACAGAGAAGAGUAAAGUGAAAAAAAGUGCUAUGGAAGAUCUUAUCAUAAUCGCAGUUGCUACGUCAUCAGGAGUUGUAACCAUAAUUAUAGUAACAAUUUGCAUUGUGGUUUGUAAAAGUAACAACAAAAAGACUAAAACGAAAUAUAUGACAAAAACAAUAGCAAGCAGAACUCCUAGUCAGAUAACAAACAGAAAGACCAUUCGAACCCCUACAAACUAUACACAAGACCACCAGAGGGCACCAUACUACUAUUAUGAAGACUCUAAUAGCUCGCAUCACAACGACUAUAUGUAA